GUUGAAUUAGGCCCGCGGAGGCGCAACUCCUGGCCCGGCUGUAUAUAAAAUAUCGGCUGCAGACUCGUCUUCUUGGCCGUCUGGGCAUCAAUCACCACAGUAAUUCCAACCACACUUUUACAACCACAUAUUCCCAGCCAAGACAUCUGCCCAAAUCCAUCCCCUUCCCGACAGAUUCCUACACUACACAACAUGAUGAGAAUCGCCACUGGCCUCGCUGCCCUGGCCUUUGCCUUCAGCGGUGUCGUUGUUGCCCAGCAGGAUGCCGAUCAGUCAGGUCCUUUCUAUCUGCACAUCAAGGGCAGUGGAAGUGAUCUAGAUGGCUAUGUCUCCGCUUGCCACGCCGGAGCCGCCAUCGAGGGUCUCUGCUAUAGCCCUGGCGGCAAGCCCACCGCGGAUAAAGCGGCCUCGUACGAGUACUACUUCAACACGACAGGCUCGCCACAGCUCGACAACGGCUCCCCCGCAGGCAUUCUCUUCUGGCGCCUCCCCGUGCAGAUCAACCCCACGACCCCGUUCGCCGAGCAGCCCAUGACGUUCCAGUACUCGCCGAAUAGCAACGUUGCCGCACCGCUCUUUGGGUUUCAAGACGGCACCUUGGUCGGCUUCGACAAGGAUGACGGCAACAAGCUCUUUACCUACGCCUACGUCGACUCCUCAACAUUCCAGCCCGGCGUCCAGCCUACGACGGGGAGUUACGACUAUAAGAGCUGGUUCGUGUGCUGGCAGUACUUUUCGGGAUACUACUACCAGUCUGUCGGCUUCGCAACGACGCUGCCCCCGAACAACCCGACAUGCCAGGCCGUGGAGAUUGUGCAGGAGUUCGUCAAUUACUGAGGCAACGAAACCGUCGGAGCAUAGGGAGGGAUCUGACAUGGUAUGAGUUCUACCGCCCAUUAUCGCUGGGUCCUCAUGCGCAAACAACUGGUGCGUGAUCCGCUGGGUAUCACAUUGUUCGUCAUGUAGAUAAUGUUAAUGAUAAUUAUUGUUCACUCUCAACUCAU